AUGUCAAGUGCGGUCGAGUUCAGUAUCCGACGCAGGAAUAAAACGGAUGUAGACAAGCUCCUUAAUGACCCCAGGGCAAGAAAGACCGGCCGCUCAACAGAGACCUCCGACGACCUAACUCGAUACUUCUCCCCUAGCGCCCACACUUCAUUCGUUCUUCGUGUCUACGUGACUUCAUCCUCCCCCCUCUCCCAGCUCCCUUCUAAGCUCUCUGCUCACACGCACACGACGCCCUAUUUUCCGACUCACCAGCAUCUUGUUAACCUACUUUCCUUAGCUCUGCCGCCGGCGUCCUAUCAACUCCCCUAUCCGGAGCAUCUUCCGACCUCACUAUAA